AUGGCAGAAGAAAGAAUUCCUGCAUGGAAAAGACUCGGGUUGAAAGUUAAGAAGACUGUGAGUGAAGAUCCGCUUGCGGUCCCAACCCAUUUGGAAGACGCUAAUAUCACAAACAAACAAAAGAAAUCUUUGAAAAAUAGUCAACAGAAAAGAUCUAGAGAAGAACCAAAUAACAAGUCACAAACUGGAGAAACUAAGAAGCCUGCAAAGAGAAAGAAGUUGCCUAAAAGUGAGCGUGCUCCGCCUCCAGAAAAAGACCAAUUAGCAUAUCUCAAACAGUAUGUUGAUGAUCAAGAAAACUGGAAAUUUUCUAAACAGAAACAAAACUGGUUGAUCAAGAACGUGUUGAAAAUUGACGAUAAAUAUAUGAGCUAUUUACAUGUUUACUUCAAAAGCAUCCAAGGUGGAUCGAAAAUUAGAGUUGAAAGAGAAUUGAAGGAAACCAUUACUAAAUGGAACACAUAUGCUGAUGCUCUUGAUCUUAAAAACUUGGAAAGUGAAAGCAAAAAGGAAAAUGAGGUCCCUGAAAGUUCUGACGGGAAAGAAGUUGAUGAGAAGAAAAAAAAUGAUAAUUCCAAGAAAGAUGAUAAAAAGGACGAAGUUAAAGAUAUGCCGAGCGUUGAAGAAGCAAAAAGGGCUCAGCAAAUGUAUGAAGCAAUAACCGAGGAGAAGAUUUUAUUGAGCACAAUUGAUGAGGACUAUGAACAGCAAAGUGAAAGUGAAUUAGGUCGUGAAGAAGAUGCUAAAAGUCCCAAAAUUCCGAGUCCCACUAUCCAAACGAAAUCUAAGCAUAUUCAUUUUGACGAUGACGGCAAUAUUAUUGAGAAAAAUCAAUUGGAUGGAGAUGACGAAUGUGAAAAUGGUGAGGAUCAGGUAGAUUACGAUGAGUUAGUAGAUUACGAAGAUUCUAACAUGAAAGUUGAAGAGGAGAAGGAUUUAAUUAGUGCUUGUAAUAAGUCUGAUGAUGUGGUACACGAUAGCCUAAACAACAAGCAGCAUCACAACAAUAAUAAGGUUUAUGGUGAGAAUUGGUGUGAAUACCAGGAGGAGGCGCCGAUACAUGAAUAUACUCCUUUGUGUGAGGACAUGGAAGACGGCCGCGGUAAAAAAAAGAGACUACAAGCACCGCAAAAAACCGUGGAUCUUCGGAAUCUCUGGAUUGAAGAAGUCGAGGUGACGGAUUAUGUGUAG